AUCCUUGGGUGGGGCUUCCCGCCGGUUGCGAGGCGGCGAGGGGGCGUGCCCCGUGGCUCCGCCCCUGCGCGCGGACUCAAAGUGGUCGCUGGCCCGGGGGGCGGGGCCAGAGCUCGGGCGGCCGAUCCCGAGGCGGCCGCGGGGAACCCGGCGCCCGGCAGCGCCCCGGCGGGGCCCGAGCAGAAGAAGCAGGGGGGGACACGAUGGAGUCGUUCAAGGUGGUGUUGGAGGGGCCAGCCCCGUGGGGCUUCCGCCUGCAGGGGGGCAAGGACUUCAACGUGCCCCUGUCCAUCUCCCGGCUCACCCCCGGCGGCAAGGCGGCGCAGGCUGGCGUGGCGGUGGGCGACUGGGUGCUGAGCAUCGAUGGCGACCACGCGGGCGGCCUCACGCACAUCGAAGCCCAGAACAGGAUCCGAGCCUGCGGGGAGCGCCUCAGCCUGGGGCUCAGCCGGGCCCAGCCGGCUCAGAGCAAACAGCAGAAGGCCCCGGCCCCCGCCGCGGACCCCCCGCGGUACACCUUUGCACCCAGCGCCUCCCUCAACAAGACGGCCCGGCCCUUCGGGGCGCCCCCGCCUGCUGAUGGUGCCCCGCAGCAGAAUGGACAGCUGCUCCGGCCGCUGGCCCCGGACCCCAGCAAGCAGCGGCUGAUGGAGAACACGGAGGACUGGCGGCCGCGGCCGGGCACUGGCCAGUCCCGCUCGUUUCGCAUCCUCGCCCACCUCACAGGCACCGAGUCCAUGCAAGACCCGGAUGACGAGCAGCUGAAGACAUCAAGCCAGGUGCCCGGGACAGAAACCCCCGCCCCAGCCUCCGUGACACCCCAGGAACCGUGGCCCGCAGGCCCCCCGACCCCCAGCCCCACCAGCCGGCCGCCCUGGGCCGUGGACCCCGACUUCGCCGAGCGCUACGCCCCGGACAAGACCAGCACGGUGCUGACGCGGCACAGCCAGCCCGCCACGCCCACGCCGCUGCAGAGCCGCACCUCCAUCGUGCAGGCCGCCGCGGGGGGCCAGGGCAGCACCCCUGUGUGCCACCGGUGCCGCAAGGUCAUCCGGGGCCGCUACCUGGUGGCGCUGGGCCACGCGUACCACCCCGAGGAGUUCGUGUGCAGCCAGUGUGAGAAAGUUCUGGAAGAGGGUGGCUUCUUCGAGGAGAAGGGGGCCAUCUUCUGCCCGGCCUGCUAUGACGUUCGCUACGCGCCCAGCUGUGCCAAGUGCAAGAAGAAGAUCGCAGGCGAGAUCAUGCACGCCCUGAAGAUGACGUGGCACGUGCAUUGCUUCACCUGCGCGGCCUGCAAGACCCCCAUUCGCAACCAACCCUUCUACAUGGAGGAAGGGUCGCCCUACUGCGAGCGAGACUACGAGAAGAUGUUUGGCACCAAAUGCCGAGGCUGUGACUUCAAGAUUGACGCCGGGGACCGCUUCCUCGAGGCGCUGGGCUUUAGCUGGCAUGACACCUGUUUCGUGUGCGCGAUAUGUCAGAUCAACUUGGAAGGAAAGACCUUCUACUCCAAGAAGGACAAGCCCCUUUGCAAGAGCCACGCCUUCUCCCAUGUGUGAGCCCCGCCCAUGCAUUGAUUGAGCCCCGCCCACCGGCUCCUGCCCUGCCCAUAAGUGCCUGCCCUACCCACCACAAGGCCCCGCCCAGCCCCACUAGCCCCUGUGGAGCAGUGGCUGGAAGGGGCUAGCAUAGGUCACCUCAGCCCCGACUCCUGGCCCGAGCCUGGGGUUCCCUGGACCCUGCCUCACCCCCCCCCCCCCCGUCAUCUGCCCUCACUUGCCCCACCUAUACCAUCGCACACCGGCCCUUGUUCACUUCCA